AUGACAGAGCAUACUGGCGAUCACGCUGUGCUGGACUUUCAUACCUGCUUAAUAGACCACCUAUUGGCAUGGUUCAUGGGUCUCACAUACAAUGGCGAUAAGCAUUCUUUCACUGAUGAACAGUGCCUCCAACUAGAAAUCAUGAUGUAUGAGCACAAUGUGCUUUGGAUCAAUUACACAAGCUAUGACGUGUGCCAGUUGCAAGAUUCCAUCAACCCUCGAACGCACCCGGAUAUCAUGAUCCUGUCCCAUGAUAGUGAUGCAGGGCCCAAUACACACUUCUAUCCAUAUUGGUAUGCACGUGUCCUAGGUAUAUUUCAUGUGAUGGCACGGUAUAUUGGACUGAAGAGCCAGUCAUCAGAGAUGCAACAUGUGGACUUUUUAUGGGUACGAUGGUAUGGGUUGGACCCAGACAUGCAUACAGGUUGGCAUGCUAGCCUUGCCAAGGGCCUUUUGCAUGCAAUUUUAUACGCAUGCCAGGCAAAUGAGGACCAAGACUGGAACCUGUUCUAUCCUAACAUUUUCAUAGACCAAGACAUGUUCAUGUGGUACCAAAGUGGUAGAGUUGGGCACCUGGUCACUCAAAGUUGGGAUCACAUUUUGCAAGGUGAAGCACAACCUUCAAUGGAAGAUGAUAUGGUGGACAAAAGCACACUAGUCCUAACUGCUGCUGGAGAAUUGGGCAAUGCCGACAAGACUAUGGAGGGAGAUGACGAUGACGAUGAGGGUGAGGAAGAGCACACAGGGGAAAGCACAGCAGAAGAGGAGGCAGACACCGCACAUUGCCCUCAAUAUUCCCUGGGUUAUAUUUGGGGUAUAUAA